GGUUCGGCUUGGCUCAGUAGCGUGACGAGCGUCGAUCCGCGUGUGGUUCAUCUGUUACGCGCAUUUCUUGCUCCGAGUGCCGGCUCCUUUUCGAUCAUCGCUUUGACGUUCGUCAUUCUCCCUAUUCCUAGUCUGGUCUUUAUCUUUUCUCGCGCGACGAAAGAAAAACCGAGGCGCGCGGCCGUGUCAAGUCAAGUCGUGCCGGGACCGAGACGCGUGUGUGCCAUCGAUACGCUCGGCGAAGGACGUGCGGCAGGAGCCAACGAUCGAGGGAAGCAGAACUCCGCGGUGAAGGAGCGGAAGCGGACAAGAGAAAGAGAAAGAGAGAGAGAGACGUUGAGAAGCUACUUGGGAUACCUUUCAGUAACGAAAGUAACCGAGUUCGUCUAGCUACGGCAGUACGAUGCAGAGCAACGGUUCGGAGAAUGUGGGAUCCGAGAAUGGAGUCGACAAAUCAGGAUGGACGGUUGGAUUGAUCAACGGGAAGUUUAAGUAUCUAACGGCGGAGACGUUCGGUUUUAAAAUCAACGCUAACGGGUCGAGCCUGAAGAAAAAGCAACUGUGGACUCUGGAGGGCAGCGAGCAUCAGGUUUUCCUUCGCUCGCAUUUGGAUCGAUAUCUAGCGGUUGACCAGUUUGGUAAUGUGACGUGCGAGAGCGAGGACUCGUCGGAUCCGGGAUGCGGUUUUCAAAUACAACUCGCUUCCGAUGGCAGCGGGCGAUGGGCUCUGAAGAAUCUCCAGAGGGGCUACUUCUUAGGCUCGAGCCAGGAUGAAUUGAAGUGUACCGCUAAGGCCCCAGGCGAGGCGGAGUAUUGGCUCGUGCACCUCGCCGCCAGACCGCAGGUGAAUCUUCGAUCGGCCGGAAGAAAACGUUUCGCACAUCUGAGCGCCACCCAGGACGAGAUCCACGUGGAUGCGCCGGUGCCGUGGGGUGAAGAUACCCUGUUCACCUUGGAAUUUCGCCCGACGACGGGUGACGACGACAGUCACGGAAAUCAUUCCAAGUCUGAGGGCGGCCAUUAUGCGCUACAUACUUGCAAUAAUAAAUAUCUCGCGCGCGAUGGUAAACUUCUUGACGCGUGCACGCGAGACUGCCUCUACGCUGCGGAAUUCCACGCUGGUCUUCUCGCUCUUCGUGACAUACAUGGCGCGUACUUGGCACCGAUCGGAAGUAAGGCCGUUCUGAAAUCGAGAUCAACGACUGUUACGCGCGACGAGCUUUUCUCGCUGGAGGAAUCUCUGCCGCAGGCAUCUUUCGUCGCAGCAUUGAAUCAGCGAUACGUUUCUGUGAAGCAAGGCGUUGACGUGACGGCCAAUCAGGACGAGAUCUCUGGCCACGAGACAUUCCAGUUGGAGUUCGACCGGGUGACGAAACGAUGGUACGUGCGAACGAUGCAGGACCGUUACUGGAGUCUGGAGGCUGGCGGCGGUAUACAGGCAUCAGAUCAUAAGCGCUCAUCAAACGCGCUCUUCGAUCUUGCGUGGCAAUCGGACGACGGCACGGUCGCGUUGCGCGCGAACAACGGCAAGUUCUUGGCCACCAAGCGGUCCGGUCAUCUCUACGCGAACGCCGACUCGUUGAACGGUAACGACUCCGACGCCGCCAAGUAUCACUUCUACCUGAUGAAUCGGCCCGUGCUGGUGCUGCGAUGCGAGCAGGGUUUCGUCGGACCCAAGAGCGCGGCUAGUCCCAAGCUCGAGUGCAACAAGGCUGUUUACGAGACGAUACGCGUCGAACGAUGCGAGCGCGGCGUGGUCAGAUUCAAAGGACAAAAUGGAAAAUAUUGGCACGCGGAUAGCGAGGGAGUGACCGUGGACUCGGACAUACCAUCCGACGGCUUCUACCUGGAGUUACGCGAGCCGUCACGCAUCUGCAUCAAGUGCGUGGACGGGCGGUAUCUCACCGCUGGCAAGAACGGCGCGCUGCGUCUGGGCGAGUCGGACUACGAGUCCGCCACGAAGUGGGAGUUCUAAAAAUGCGAAGGAUGAAAAUCCCGUAAAUGCAACGAGCAAGAUGUGUAUUCCACUGUCUCCUCAGCUUUGUGGUCAUAAGUUCGCAGCACACACCGUGUCCCCGGAACACAACAACGGCGAGAGAUCGGCGCAGUUCGUGCCGCUUCCUGCCGUGUACUUAAUCGAGCAUACCGCGUACGUCGCGCGUCGAAACGACAGUUUAGUAUUCGACGUUUCACUCCAAUAUAUACUUUUUUUAUUUUUCUUGGUAAAGCUUCGUGGAUCCCCGCAGUAUAUUCAAGACUAGCGGUUUAUCCUGAUAAACGCAAAAGUCCGAGAGACACGUCCAAAAAGACCGGUUAUUAUAACUGCGGUCUAUUUUAUACGUAACACACACAUACACACACUUUUAUAUCUUUAUAUAUUUAUAGGUAUAUACAGUUUGCCACGCUGCAAGUUCAAUUUUAUAUCGACGUCCUUCGUAUGUGUAUUACGUCUAUUCGCAAUUCUGCGAUCGCGUUGAUCACGGAAUUAGUGUAACGAUCGUUAUUAUAUAUAUGCUUGUUUAGUUUUAUGUUAUCUGAUUCUGAGACAAAAAAGGAAUUUUAUGAUGAUAAAUGUGAUCAGCGAAAGAUCGCGCGUUCAGUAAGCAUAGAUUUUUUUUCUACUCACAGCGUAGUAAUGAGUUUUUUUUUGCUAUCGUUAUGGAUACAUUUUUUGUAUAUUAGAUUAUUUAAAAGAAUAUGUAGAAAUAACAGACUCAGACAGCACACAUGUUUAAAAGUGGAACAAAUAAGAUUUCUAAAAGACGUCUUUAGACAUCACAUCAUGAGCCGUCUUAAAGAGAUCUUUGGUAAGUCACUUUUGGACAUGCUUGCUGUUGUGUAGGAGUUAAGAAGGCACGCUUGAAAGGAGAGCCAGAUUCAAAUCCGACCAUAUAUCCGAUCGCUGCCCUCCCGGUUCGGUAUAAUCAACCUUCAAACUUCAUUACCGAGACACAUUUCUGUUACGAUCGUAAAUUAGGAAAAGUUCGUUUAAUAAGAUGCACAUGCAGUUUUCGCUGUACUUUAUCCUGCUUCACACGUUAUACAUACUAGCCUGCCCUGCGUAGGUAUGUUAAGUGAAUGAAAUAUGCCGGAACUAAGGCUUGGUGAUGGAAAGAUUCGCAGCACACAGUUUCCGUGAAAUUCCGUUCGCUUUUUCUUCUCUUUUUUUAUUUUUAUUUUUACGUUAUUUACGUUUAUUGAGAACGAUACUUCGACGGAUGUCGCGCGUGUUUUAGCAGUAAGAUAGAUUUCAUCUCAGUCUCCUCGCUCUUUUCGGUAAACGAUGAGUAGAAUCGACACGGAAUCGUUUCGUGAUUUAGGAACUUUCUGGUAUGUCGAAUAAAAUUAUCGAGAAUUUUUCGAGAUAGAGAGAAAGGGGAGAGAAAGAUAUAUUAAGGUAUGUUAGAGUUUCGUGUAAAUAUAUGUUUGUCUCUCCAAUAUCAUUACAAUAAUUACGGUAAUUGUAACAUGGUACUACGCGUACUCUUCGCGCUGCUUAAUUUAAAAACAAGAGCAAGCACACGAUUUUUAUGAUCGCGAGAAGCGGGGCGGAGAUAUAUGUUCAUUAAUUGAAUAUUUUACUUCUUUGGACAAGAUGUUGCUCAGAUAUGUCUCGAUUCGCCGACGACGACACACGUAUUACUUUCUUAGAUAUUCGUGUAAGCGGCAAUUUUCUCUUUUUACUACUUUUUUCACUGGUAGAACCAUAUUAAGAACAAUGGAUGUAAUAAAUUAAAGGAUGUAAUAAAAAACAAUUUUUUUAUUGGUCAGGA